UCGAGCAACCAAUUCCUGUCCAGUGGCCAUAUUGAAAUAUCAAGUCUAUUAGGACUCUGAAGGUACUGGGUGGUUGUCUAACUGGAAGUCUUUAAAAUAUCGUCUAUUUAUACCAUAGGGAUUUGAGCCAGACAUUCCACCUGAGACCCUGCCUGUACUGGACGGCAAGUUGUCUCUGACUUUUGUGGGAAAAUGAGUCCAACCGAUGCUAAACGAGGUGCUAAACGCAGGAAGAACAAGCGGGGCGGUGGCAGCAGUAGCUGCAGUAGUACUGUCUGCAGUACCAGUGGCAAGGCCGGGGUUUCAGCCACGGACCUGAGUCUUCAAGCCACGGCAACACCCGUGUCUACCAUGGGCUUUCUGACAUCAGGGAGCUCUGGAAAUGGGAACAUGGGCUCUAUAACAGGCCUGAACGGAGAGGUCUCUAUGAACGGUAACGUUACACCACAGUUUUCGGAGGGGCCGGUGAAUUCCGACUUCUCUGGAGUCCUUCAGACCCCGUUCACAUUUGGCCUGAGCCAGAGGGCCCCAUAUUCCACCACCGGCGACCGCUGCCUCCUGUGCCGGAGUGAGCGCAAGCCAGACAGCACCCUCCAUCCUGAUGCGAUGCUCCCCGGGGCGGGGCCGAACGGUAUGGCACAGCCCCCUAAGUCCCCCAGCGCUCUGCAGCUGCCCCUGUGGGUGUGCCCCGACUGCCGGCGCACGGUGGAGAAGGAGGACCGCCACGCCUCCCUGGAGCAGUCGCUGGUGAGCCAAGACUUCCUGUUGCACAUGCCUGUGGGUAAUGGAGGCUUGGGCCAGGAGCUGCCCGCCGGAGGGGGCAGACUGACCAAUGGUGGCACACCCCCAACCCUCCCCACUCUCCCCGUCCCAGACCUCACCACCCCUAUGACCGCUGACACCGUGUGCAGUUGUGAGGCCUGCAACGAGAGACGGGAGAUUUCGGCCGAGUCAGAGCGUGAGUCCCAGCUGCUGCAGAACCACUGGUCGGAGGUACGCUACCUAGUGCGGUGCAUCUACCGCCAGACAGGCACGCCGCUGGCCCACGACCAGCCCCUUGACCGCGACAAGGAGGGCAUGAAGGAGCUGGUGGACAGGCUGUGCGAGAAGGACCCGUACCAGCUCUACCAGAGGCUGGAGCAGCAGGCCCGCGAGUAUGUCCUAGAAAUGAAGGUGCGCCUGCUCAAGCACCUGUCGACCGGCUCCAAGGCUGCGGCGGCCGCCGCCCAGGGCCCCCCGCAGGCCCACCAGUUCAUCUCGCUGCUCCUGGAGGAGUACAGUGCCCUCUGCCAGGCUGCCCGCACCAUCAGCAGCUUCCUCCUCACCCUGGAGAACGAACACCUGCAGAAGUUCCAGGUGACGUGGGAGCUGCACAACAAGCACCUUUUUGAGAACCUGGUGUUCUCCGAGCCCAUCCUGCACAGCAGUUUACCUGCACUGGUUGCACAGCUGAGGCAUGGCACGGCCUCCCACGACUCGUAUAGCGAGGACAUGUACAGAACCCUGCUGGAGAGCUACCAGCAGCUGGAGCAGGAGAUGGCCACCGUGGCGGCUGAGUGGCAGGAGUGUGAGAAGAGGAUUGACGACUACGUCGACGAACAGCUGCUUUUUAAGGUGGAGGGCCAGAAUCUCACAAAUCAACGGACAGAACCACAUAAGUCUUUAAUUAGCAAAAAUACUUUGAAAACAAAACAACGGAUGCUGAAGGAAGACUGGGAAUUCUUUAAACAGAGGAGGUUUAUAGAAGAACAGUUAACCAACAGUAAGAAAUCUUUAGCUGGUGACAGUAACUUUACAGACACGAUGAGAAUGCUCUCCUCUCGUCUCAGCAUUCCAGACUGUCCAAAUUGCAAUUAUCGAAGACGAUGCACCUGCGACGACUGCAGCCUCUCCCACAUCCUGACGUGCGGCAUCAUGGACUCUCCCAUUGCCGAGGACCUCCACAUCAAGCUGCCGCUUCAGGCCACGGAGCCCCCACAGCACCGGGACUACCUGGCCGAGGUGCACCCCCCCAGUCUGUCCUCCGGGGGCAGCUCAGCCUCUGCUUCGGCCUCCAGCUCGCCCAUCACCAUACAGCAGCACUCGCGCCUCAUAAUGCCAGAAGGGGUCGCCACCACCUUUGGUAGCGACGAGGACGAAGUGCCUCCGCUGUUGGGCAAGUUUGCGGACAUCUACCCCAUGGGGGGCUAUGAGGACCCAGGGGUGGUGGCCAGGAUGAACGGCCUGCACAGCGAGCUCAACGGUGGCGGAGAGAACAUGGCGCUCAAAGAUGAGUCUCCUGGAGGGAGCAGCAGCAGCAGUAGUUCGUCGGAGGGUGACGAGGAGGAGGCUGACGAGGAGAGCGGCGGGGAGCCUCCGGGCCAGCGGGGGGAGCUUUCGCCAGGGAAGAGCAACAACAGCCCUCCGCCCUACUACCCACAGCAUCAGGUGGAACAGCACGCCUGCGAGUGCCACGUGUGCAACCAGGACCUGUCCUCCUCCCUUGCCCCCCUGGGCCCAGCCCCCAGCCGGAUCCACACACCCCCCUCCGGCCACCACCACCAGUUCUUCACCGGGGGCGACAACCAGAACCCCAGCCACCCGGCCCUCCACCUCUACCCCCACAUCCACGGCCACCUGCCCCUGCAUAACCUCUCCCACCUGCCCCGGCCCCUGCUGCACCCCACACUCUACCCCAGCCCCCCCCUUUCACACAGCAAGCCUAUCCCCCUUGCCCCCACGUCGAGCCACACAGGGCCCAAGCAGCAGGCCUUCAGCCCCUCCCUACCGGACCAUGUCUACCAGAACUGCUUUGGUGGUGGCGCUGGCGACUGGAACAACUCGCUGCAGUGCCUCUCGCUCAAGUUCGAGAACAUCUGCGACGCUGCCAUGAUGAAGAAUUGGAACCCAUCAGUGCUGCUACAGGAGCCCCUGCCAGGGGACAUGCUGGGAUCACCCCACCACCCUGACGUGCCCCUCCCCCCGCCCUCCUCCUCCAGCUAUGGUGACCACGCCCACACCGCCUCGGCCGAACCCACCUCCCUUCACCUCCUCCCACCCUCGCCGUCGGAGCAGCAACAGCCCCUGCCCAGGGAGAGGAAGAACGGUGCCAAGAAGAAGUGUCUCUACAAUUUCCAAGAUGCCUUCCUGGAGGCCAACAAAGUGGUGAUGGCCACCUCUGCCUCCACCGCCUCAGUCUCCUGCACGGCAACCACUGUCCAGUCAAGUAAUAAUCACAUCCAAGUUUCAUCUAAAAGACCCAACUCCUUAGGUGAUGUAUUUCACAAUAUAGGUAAAGAGGACCAUAGGCAACAACCUGGCCCCAUCGCCCCUAGGAAUAGCCCCACAGGCCUGGCCUCACUCCCUCAGCUCUCGUCUGGCCCAGCCCUGCCUCCUUCCCCUGGCCCCACCGCCCAGCACCACUACCCCAGCAUGGGCUCGCAGCCCUUCCCAACGACUCCCACCACGUCCCCAGGCUUCAUGGAGGCCCACCACCAGGGCAUGUGCUUGUCCCCAGCCGAGCCACCUGACGCCGCCCCAGCCGACGGGGCCAUUAGCGCCCCGCCCAGCGUGUGCAGUGACCCCGAGUGUGAGGGCCACCGUUGCGAGGGAAAUGGGGCGUACGACCACCAGGGCUACGACGGCGAGGAGAGCCAGGACGAGGACAGCUGCUCGGAGCACAGCUCUUCCACCUCCACCUCCACCAACCAGAAGGAAGGGAAGUACUGCGACUGCUGCUACUGCGAGUUCUUCGGCCACGGCGGGCCCCCGGCGGCGCCCACCAGCCGCAACUACGCGGAAAUGCGCGAGAAGCUGCGCCUAAGGCUGACCAAGCGGAAGGAGGAGCAGCCCAAGAGGGAGGAGCAGCCGGCCGUGGUGGAGCGCGACAGUGGUGCCGACGGCAUGGAGGACCACCGGCGGGUGGAGGACCUGCUGCAGUUCAUCAACAGCGCCAGUGACAACAAGCCUGCCUCCAGCUCCAAGGCUGCAAAGCGGGCUCGCCACAAACAGAAGAAGAUGGAGGAGAAGGUGCGUCUGGAGGCGGAGGCCCGCGAGCGGGAGGAGGAGCAGGUGCAGCAGCUCCUGGAGGAGGAGCAACGGCGGCGGGAGGAGGAGGAGGCCCUCCAACGGGAACUCCUCCGCCUGCAAGAGCUGCAGCACCUCCGCUCCGCCAAGAAGAAAAAGGAGAAAGCCAAGGAGCUCGCCGCCCCCGUACCGCAGAACAACCCCCAGCCCCUCAAACAGACGGCCCAGAACGUCCUAGAGAACCUCCGCAACGGCAAGAGCCAGCUCCUGCACAGCCUCAUGCGCCUCCCUGGCCACAAGGAUCCCAGAGUGGAGCACCGACCCCAGCCCCGGCCUCCCCCCUCACAGCACAGUCCAAAGAACAGCAGGGAGAAAGCCCCUACUCCGGCCCCCUUCACCCCAAAUGCCCCCAACUCCCCAGCCCCCUUCCUUCUCAACGGCACCUCCGUUGCACCCCAACCGACGGAGGCCAAUGGCAAAGCCAAGCCAAAACAGCAGCAGCCAAUCAGGCAAACCGCCAGCGAGACAACGAUGGUCAAGAAAGCCCCAGAGGCCACCACUAACAGUACACCACAACUACCACCAGAUGUCAAAGUGACCCGGCCCAGGCUUCCCGCUGAAGACCCGGUCGUCCCUCUGGCACCGGGACCCAGGAAGGAGGAGAGGAACAACGGGAAAAGGCAGCACCAUCAGCAGUCGGCGAGCCAGGUGAAAGAUGAGAGGAGCCGACCCUUGUUGGAGCCCUCCCCACCCCCUGCCUCGCAGACGGAGCAGCCCCAGCAGAACGGCAAACCCCUCAGCGCAGAAUCCCCCCAGCCCAAGGCCAAGGCCAAGAAGAACAAGAAGAAGAAGGCCGACAAGACAAACAACUCAAUAGAUGACGUUUUCUUGCCCAAAGACAUUGAUCUGGACAGUACUGACAUGGACGAGACUGAGAGGGAGGUGGAGUAUUUCAAAAGGUUCUGCUUGGAUUCCGCCAGGCAGACCCGACAACGGCUGUCCAUCAACUGGUCCAACUUUAGCUUGAAGAAAGCAACGUUCGCCGCCCACUGAUGGGACCUCGCGUAGGACAAAGAAAAAGAGACUGGCAGGAAGCAAUCGGCACGCCCCCCCCCCUCAUUCAAACUGCUACCACAGACCCCGUCAUCCCGUAGCCCUGCUGUGCCCAAAUGGCGCACACCCACGCUGCCUUGUUCUUUGUUGCUGUGCGGUUCUACCAUGAACCCAUCCUCCAGGCUGAUCCUCAAGCAGAACUCUGAGAGAGAAAAAAAAUAACAUUAAAUGACACACACAAAAGAAUAAUCACAAAAUGCUACUUUCUACCUGGUUUUGUUUUUGUUGCUCAUUUGUGUGUUUUUAGUCUGAGGGGCAUUUCUCUUGACUUAAAAAGCCAUGUUCUGAAAUGCAUUUUCUUUUCUUUUUUGCCGGACUCUUAGUCAAAAGAUCCUUACUAUGUUUGCUUUGUGAAAACAGACACACAUGGGAAAAAAUGUGGAGAAAAAAAAGAUAUCUGAUGAAUUAAAGCCUUUCAUUCAGUUACUGUGGCUUACUAUCCCCUUGUUACCCACGAUUCCUAGCACGGCAUCUCAUUCAGAUAACUGACAAGGGAAUGAAUGGGCAUGGUCUGCCAUACUCUCCCCUGCCCCCAACAACUCUCACUUGACUGAGAGGAACUUGGCUUAAUACUUGACAACGUUCUUUUUUUUAUUUUUUCAAUUUCAUUUAACAAAAUCGAUAAGUGUACCAGUUACAGUUUUUAUUUUGUUUUCUUUCCUAUUUUUGACUUGUAUCCAGCUUGUAUCACAAUACUUUCAGAAUGAAAUUGAAGAAAAGAACAAUGCACACUAUCAAUCUGUUAUAGAGUGUAUAUUGUAUUAACACUGAAGCCAAACUGGCUACCUUUUAACAUAUUGUUAAGUAAUAUUAAAAUCUUAUCUUUCUUUUUUGAAAGAUGGAAUACAGUAGUAUGGCAGGA